CACCUGUUGGGGCACAGGCCCCACCCUCCGGAGCUCCGGCAGCCCCAGGCUGGCUCUGGGGAGGGUGGGGCUGGUCGCCAAGGCCUCAGGUGGUGUGGAUACGGAAGCAGGAAGUAGUCUGUGCUUCCAGGAGUUAGGGCCUGCUUGGCUGGGGGUGCUCUGAAGUAGCACCCAGGACCCAGCCGAGAUGGACAGCCUGGAGGAGCUGGAGACCACGGCCCAGGAAGUGCUGGGGAAACUGAAGUCCCGCAACCCGUUCCAGUCCCACUGGGACACCGCUGCCUUCAUCAUCUUCCUUGUCUUCCUGGGCACCGUGUUGCUCCUGCUGCUACUUGCCUGUCUCCACUGCUGCUGCCACCACUGCUGCCGCCAGAGCUCCAGGUCCCCAAAGGUGAGAGCCAUGCAGGAAAGCUCCAAGGGCGUGGAUAACUUGGCCCUGGAUCCUUAACGCGGCCAGUCCCUGCCCUUCUGCCCAUGUGUCCUGCCGGGCAACAGUAACAUGGCUUUGUUUGCCCAGAUCCUGAGUCUGAAGUAUGUUCCGACCUCCCCUCAAGGGUUGGGGAGUGCGGGCACUCACUGCUCCAUGUAGAUGCCUACCUGGUCCCUCACAACCUUCAGUGGCCUGGCUGUCACCCUCCAGCUGCCCACGGGAGGGGAAGCCGGGACCAACUCCCCAGGCAAUACCCCUGUCAGCCCCUCGGCAGCUGGGAGGACCCUCUUAAAGGUGGUGUGAGGCGGCCAGGGGCCCAGUCACUGGGUAGUCCACCCAGCUCUCAC